UUGGAGCGGGUUGAAAAGUACACGAGCAUGUUAAAGUAGUCAUGCCAUUGGAUUAUCUAUUCAAAAUACUAGUUCUCGGACAAUCAAAAGUAGGUAAAACCUCGUUUGUACAACGUUAUGUUAGAGGAGUUUUUAACGAGGGAUACAAAGUCACCAUUGGAGUUGACUUUGCAGUGAGAACAACUGAGUGGUCCAGUGGUCACACUGUAAGACUGCAGUUCUGGGACAUCCAAGGUCAAGAGGACACGUUACCUCUAACAAGAGCCUUUUUCAAAAAUGCACACGCCUGUAUCAUCAUGUUUGACCUGACUAACGCGCAGUCCCUACAAUACUGCACCUUACUGAAGCAGGCUGUGGACUCCGAGAACACUAGUGACGACUGUUUGACAAUACCUUGCGUUCUUGUGGGAAACAAGUGUGACUUGCCAAAUCACAGUGUUUCUGUAAAGGACAUGGAUGAUUUCACAAGUACUAUGAAUUGCAUCACAUGGAAAAACACAUCAGUGAAGGAGAACAAAAAUAUAGAAGAAACUGUGUGGUGCAUUGUUGAAGCAAUAAUGGAAAGGCAACCCAGCGAAGAAACAUUUCCACUGACCAGGAUGGAACUGCAAAAUGAGACUUACGAACUUGAGCCUGGAACAAAAGAGCGUGCCCAACGAACCCUCCUCCAGUCGUGCUGUAGCACUGGCACAUAGAUAUGAACACCACUGUAAGAAAACUUCAAUAGCCCACUGCAGAGACCACUUACACAAAGCACUGCAAUGUGACUACCAGUUCAACAGCCCUUAUUUAAAUUGGCUGAGGACAUUUGGAGUGAAUUGGGGUGACUUUCUUUCAAUAAAUGGAGAUCAGAGUUAAAACAAGUACCACACAGCUGCACUUGAGGAUCAAGUUCAUCCAGGCCCCUUGUAUAGGCAGACAUGUUCUUGUUUCAUCCAAGCAGGGGACAUUUUCAUUUAACUAACCACCUUGUCUGAAGUCAUGUGCAAGAAACCUGUCGAUCAUUUAAAAAAAAAAAA